AUGCGGACUUUAACAGACAGUACCGUCGGCAGUAACUUCGCGAUUUCGCCUAAAACGCUACCUUUUAUACCUGGUACUGUUUUUACCGAUGGCCUUUACGUAGGCCGCUUUUUAAAGGCAAAUUUCGAAAACGCUAUCGAGACGCUGCGCUUAUAUCGACCGGCAAACGGACAAUCAUGGAUUAAAGAAGACUGGGAGCAAAUCGUGUGUGGAUUAGUUGCGUUUCUUACCGUUGUUCUCGGUUUCGGAGAGCAUAGCAAGUUCAAGAAGCGCGCCUGCCGCUGCUUGGACAAGUUUUUCUUGAAGGACCGGGAGAGCCGCUUGCUGUCCGUCUUCAGCUUGGCCGACGGCGCUUAUAACAACGGCCUAGACGCAGCAACCCACGACCUAGAAUGCCUCAACAGGGCGCAAGCUUACGCAGAAGCCCCAGCCGACAUAGGGAGACAUCGCCGCAUCCGCUUCCGCGUGCGAGGAGCCCCCGUCCCACAACCGCCACCCCGACCGAGCCGCAUCAUCGAGCUCUACCGACGGGCAGGUCAGCUGCUGAUGAUCUUCGACACGUACACUAAUCAGUUCAUCUACCACGCCGGACGUAAUGCCGACUUUUUCAUUACGACGCAGAACGGGAGGUGCAUCGCCAUCCAUCACCAUAACGUCUCGCUGGGCUACGAUGGCGGCUCCCAAGCCGCUCAACGAGACAUCACCACAAUCUCAGCGUACAGCUCGAGCUCUUCAAAUAACAACCUGCCGCCCUGGAAGCAACCCUGCCACCGUCACAAGAAGGUCCAGGAUUUCCGCGCCGUCGACGGGUCCGAGAAGCCCAACAACGGAAACGACCACCUAUACCUAGAGGGCGGCCGUCAGUGCCCAGCAGAGAGUAUGGAGAGAAUGACACGAGCAACUGUGGAGCUCGUCAAGGUGACCUACCUCUCCAGAACGGGCUCGUGCAACACCUUGCGGCAAUGA